CGUGCUGUUUGUCUUUGUAGAGACUCCGUUGUGAGGGUUUCUGUUGUCAAACAGGAAUGUGUGAAGAGAAGGGGAGGGGGUGGUCUGUUAUUUCCCAGAAGCAACAGGAAAGAAGACAAAAACUUAACAUAAUUUGAUCGGUCAGUUUAAAGUGGACUGCCCUCUACCUGUAUCCCUAUAGACCUAUUCGGAGCAGCUGAAACGAGCAGUUAUCAGAAAUGGGGAACACCUCCAGUGACCGUGUAACAGGUGAACGUCAUGGAGCAAAAUCGCACCGUACUGAUGGGGCUUCAAGUACUCCAGCUGCUAAAGAUCAUGAGCAGAACAAAAGUAUGACGGACAGCACUGAUGAUCCGAACAUCUUCAAUAUGCAUACUGUAGAAACAAAGCCUUCAGGUGAGAAGGAAUUCAUGCAAUUUUUGCCAGAUUCAGAGGAUCAAGUCAAACCUACAAAACAAGCUCGGCCCACUGUGAUCCGUUGGAGUGGAGGUGGGAAAGAAGUGUAUAUUGCUGGCUCCUUCAACAAUUGGAGUACUAAGAUCCCACUCAAUAAAAGCCAUAAUGACUUUGUUGCAAUUUUGGAUCUACCAGAAGGGGAACAUCAGUAUAAAUUCUUUGUGGACGGGCAAUGGGUUCAUGAUCCAUCAGAGCCAGUGGUUACCAGUCAGUUGGGAACUAUCAAUAACUUAAUACAAGUUAAGAAAUCUGACUUUGAGGUGUUUGAUGCCUUAAAAGUGGAUUCACUUGAAUGCUCUGAUUCAUCAGAUCUUUCGAGUUCACCCCCAGGCCCCUAUGGCCAGGAAGUUUACACAUUUCGGAUUGAGGAACGAUUUAAGUCUCCGCCAAUUCUACCUCCACAUCUCUUACAGGUGAUACUUAACAAGGACACCAACAUUUCCUGUGACCCUGCCUUGUUGCCUGAACCAAACCAUGUAAUGCUAAAUCAUCUCUAUGCACUGUCAAUAAAGGAUGGGGUGAUGGUGCUGAGUGCUACUCACAGAUAUAAGAAGAAGUAUGUCACUUCAUUACUGUACAAGCCUAUCUGACGUGACAGCCUGUGCUGCUUUCCUGGCAUGUUACUAAAAAAUCAGUAUCACCGCGGUUUGCUGAGAUUGCACUGAAGCUAGUUUACAGUAGUUUUUGUGAGGCCUGCACCAAUUUAGCUUUUUUUCAUAUUCACGAGGUAUUUAACUCCGUUUUACAAGUAUCUUUCAUUGAACCUACAUGUGUCUGGUUCCUGCAACUAAAGGAACCAUUUGUCCAGAGUGGAUCUUUUUUUUUUUUAAAUUAAAUUACCAAAGUUGUUAUUUAUUGAUAAAAUUAAGUUAAAGCCACAUUUCUUGGCAUAAAAAUGGUUAGCAUUAGAUUUAGUGAUUUGUUUCAGGAUGAUGAUGAUGAUGCAGUCCAACAGAAUAAGAAUUUGUUCCUCCUUUUUGAAUAAUCAUUUAUCUUCGGUAGAAUGUAAUUGUUUUUGAUAAGAAUACCAAAAAAUGUGUGAUAGAUUGUUGAAAGGGACUGAUUUUGAUAAAUGAAACUGAAAAUGAUUUAAAAUAAUUGUAUUAUUAGUGAGUUUUUUAGUAUUACUAAAGUAUUUUUGAAAGGGGACAACAGUGAAUGAUAUAGUUGACUCCCUACCCCUACCUAUACGUGACAGAAUAAUUGUGCUCUAGAUAUGAUUUUUAAGUCAUUCAAAAAAAAAAAAAGGAAUUCAAUGUUGGGGACAAAGAUUUCAUUGAGUUUUCAUUUUUCUGUCUUCAUAUAGAAAUCUGUACUGUUCCUGUGUUAAGUAUUACAUAGCCUUGACUGCUUGCAUAUUUUAAAGAUAAAACAUUUUAAUAUGUUGAGAACUGGAAAGUCUCUAAAAGUCACUUUUGCAAGAGGGUGCAUUUGUUAGAUUAAACAAUAAGUAAGCGUGUAAUACAGUUAGGUGUAGCUGUGUUUGAAAAGCAGGCAUGUGUGUGUGCCCUCUUGACUUUGUCUCUCUCAGAUUUAAAUUUGUGAGCAGUGUUACUAUGCAUUCACCCAGUAUUGGCCACUUUAAAUUCUGCCAUUUCCCCAAUUGUCAUCAUUGAAACUGUUCUAUAUUUUGGAUGCAUUAAAUUCUGGACACAUACAGUGGAAUCUUGCCCAAGAAAAGGGAGAAGUGUACUGCAGCCAACGAAUUGUGUGGCCGGUGACUGUUUAAUGCGUUGACUGGGAAUUCAGUUCCUUGGUGGCAACAGUACAUUGACAUUUGGAGUUUGACCACAUUUAAUUUAAAUGAGUUAUACCAGGAGACGAGCUUUAUCUUAGAGGACAUAGAUUCUUCUAUUUAAUGUAACUAUUUGUUAAUUCAUGAUUUUUUUUUCUCAACAGCAGCAGCAGCCCAAAAGAAUUUAUAAUAUGUAUUACUGUUUAAUUCCUUGGCCCAAGACAGAUCAUGUGUAAAGAUGAGCGUAGCAUGAAUGUCCGUGGCGUGGGGCAGUCCUGUCGUAAAUUGUCGGCACUUUAUGUGUAAUUGGAAUGUUAAGAUACUAUGCAAAUGACACAAUGAUGUACUGUACUUAAAGAGCGUCAGGAUUCUCCUAGGUUUGGGGUUUUUUUUUUUGCUUUGUUUUUUGUUUUGUUGGUAGUGGGAGCUUGACUAUUUUGUGUCUUUGUUUAUUACGGGUGUUUUAAAGCAUAUAUUUUGACCUUACUAAAGUUUUGAUCAUGCCUGGAUGGAUUGUGCUAUAAUAUAUGAAUUUUUAAUGGACAUUUGGAACACGAAUGAAGGAAUGCAAGGUGAAUGUGUCAUUGCUGGAUUUGCUUUGAAAAAUGAUGUGUGUCACAAAUCUUCCAAACAGAUAAGUCCUUGUGCUGUUGAAAAAGUCUUGGGAAUUAUUAAGUUCUUUUAAUGGAAUUUAAAAGGGAAAUUGAGUGAGAUCAUGAUGCCUCAUUGUUGACCUAAUUAUCUGAUUUUUCGAAACCUACGUGAGUUAACUGUUUACAUAUAUAUUUAUGAAACAUUUUUACGUAAUAAAAUCUAUUAACAUUUCAGAGUACCUAGCUUUAUUUGGCCAUACUUUUCACUGGCGGGUGAACAUGACUGUGUUGUACACUGAGCAGCUGAACGUGUCCUAUCUGUUCAAACCAAUCCCACAUGAAACAAAGGUCCUGCUUAUUUAUACGUUUCAUGUCUGCUCCCUCAGGAAUGGACUGUGUGCUGAUAACGUUGCUUUGUUUGGCAUGUGUAUUUAUUUGUACUACGUUGUCAUUACACUACAGAAUAUAAAACAAAAAUGAAUUGUAACAGUAACGCAAUAAAUGACUUUGAUUCAACUA